UGCCUGAUAAGGGCAGUGUGCUGGCCAUUCACCGUUUUCCUCUUGGAAUCGCCCUCAUUCUCCCUCAAGUCCACUUCCCCUCUGGUCCAGUUCCAGCAGAAGCGGCAUGAAUAUCUUUGACCGUUAGCAAAAUACCUGCAAUCGCUACCCGUGAGAUGGAUGCCAAGCAAUCCCCCGAUGGACCUGCGCCGCAGAUUUCAAGCUUCGAGGAGAAACCUCUGCCUCUAAUUACCAAACCAGCAUCAUGGUCUUCGCCAAGCGAGGCAAGUAGCACCCCUGAGACGUCGCCCAAGAGCACGAGCAGAGGGGAUGCAGGGAAGAAUGCAGCUCCCAAGCAUCGCCGGCCACACAAGGCCAGCACCGCGGCCAGCAAGUCGACGCUCUUCUGGGUGCAUACCGAUCCACAGUCGGCAUCGGGCAGCAAGAAAGAAGAGACGCUGAAGCGUAUCCGAUCACAUGUUAUGUCUGAACAUAAUCGCAAAAAAAGACUCGAAAAUGCAAAGCGCUACAAGGGCAAGACGUGGAAAAAUUUAGCCUUCCAGCCAGUGGAGCCUAUCAUUGCCGGACGAUCUUCGACAUCUCCAGUAGAACUGAGUCCAGGCACAUCGCCAGACAGAGGCAGUAUAGCAUAUUCCGACCAGUCAGAUGAUUCAUUGACGACAUAUUUUCCGAUGAGAAAUGGUAGCAGUUACACCCCAGCCUUGUCACUGCAUGAUCUCGCCUAUCCUAUUCCACCAACAGAUCCAUGGACGUAUCUCGGGCGAGGAUCGAACGAUCCGUUCAAUGUGAUGCAGGUCCCGUUGUCUAGUCGUAUGCAAUCACAUCUUCAAUUAUUUCUCUGCGAUCUAACAAGGCUUGCAUAUCCAUUAAUGAGGCAAACAAAUUCCAGGCUGCAGAGUCAUUGGGCUUCACUAGUGCAGAAGGACCCAGCUCCUUUACAUGCAACUAUAUGUGUUGCCGCAUCCAACUGCGCUGUAAGGUCUGGAGAAUUCCCUCUCUUGGAUCCUACCAAGUCUUAUUCAAGUACCUAUGUGUUUGAUGCAUUCCACCAUAGAGGUGAAACCAUCAAGCUCGUCAAUUCCGGAUUAUCAAAUCCAGCGAAAGCAUCUAGCGAUGCCUUAAUCGCGGCAGUUUCUAUUCUUAUAUCGAUAGAGAUUGCGUCCGGCAACCCCGAAGACUUAAAAAUACAUCUCGCAGGUUUGCGGCAGAUGGUGUCUCUCAGAAGUAACUUUGCGGAUGUUGCGCCAGAUGUUCGCUUCCAGAUAUCAUGGACGGACAUCCGAGUAGCUUGCAUGGCUCUUACGAGACCUAUCUUCCCCUUCAUCCGCUAUUCUCGUCCCCCGCAAAUACCGGACCUCGGACCUUAUGGCGGUUCUUUCCCCAUUGCCUCCCGAUUACUUUCUUUCGCUCAAAUCCCCGGUUUCUUUAGUACCUCUAUGAUAUCAACUAUAUAUGAUUUACUCGAUCUCACGCAGUACGCCGAAUGUGUGAAGGGAGUCAGCGGCUAUCCGCAAGGUUUUAUCACCGAAGAAGUGGAAGACUACUUCAACAAUGAGGUGCUUUAUGUCGAAUAUUCCAUCCAUAGAGAUCGGUUCACAGAACUUGGGAUUCCGAAAGGAGACCAUACAGUGGAAGGCUGUGUACGUCUCGCAUGUCUGAUUUUCCACAACACAUCGAUCUGGGGCUUUUAUCCGCAGAUGGCGGCUGUUUUCCCUAAACCGAUUUCUGCACUCAAAAACGCUCUUGAGAUCACUAUAUUCGCUGGUUACUAUGAGCUCUGCAGAGAUCUUCUGAUCUGGCUCCUGUUCAUUGGUGCCAGCAGUACACAGUAUUACCACCAGCGCGAGAGAUCAUUCUUUGUAAGAGAGCUGGCGACUGCCGUGAACCUCCACGGAUUGGAAAGCUGGCAAGAAUUGCGAGCAUUAUUAAGCCAAUUCUUCUAUAUUGACCGCUGUUACCUGCAAUCGUGUCGUGAUUUGUGGGAUGAGGUCCAGGGUGUCCUACUCAGGCAGUAGUGCGCCAUGAUACACCCUCAGUUUUUGUCUUAGUAUGCGAAAAUAUUUCUGAAUGGAGCCGUGGCGCUCUUGACGAAUAUACUCAUGUGGAGAUGUAUGUACAUGGCUAAUGAGUUAUGAAGGAAUUGGGAGGGUCAUCGGGACAUCCGGGGGUUUGUUAUUAUAACGUUGUCUUAAUAAUAACUAAGUUACAUGAUGUCUAGUUAAUAAAAUCUAUGCUAUGAUGACUA